CAGGUAUCUGAUACUGUUGUGGAACCUUACAACGCUACCCUCUCAGUUCAUCAACUGGUAGAAAAUACAGACGAGACUUACUGUAUUGAUAAUGAGGCUCUAUACGAUAUCUGUUUCCGUACCCUCAAACUGACCACACCCACUUACGGUGACCUCAACCAUCUAGUAUCAGCCACCAUGUCUGGAGUGACCACAUGUCUCCGAUUCCCUGGUCAACUCAACGCCGAUCUCAGAAAGCUAGCUGUCAACAUGGUACCUUUCCCACGUCUUCAUUUCUUUAUGCCAGGAUUCGCUCCUCUCACCUCUCGAGGUUCCCAGCAAUACCGAGCGCUCACUGUACCCGAACUCACACAACAGAUGUUCGAUGCCAAGAACAUGAUGGCUGCCUGUGAUCCUCGUCAUGGUCGUUAUCUGACAGUAGCUACCAUGUUCAGAGGUCGUAUGUCCAUGAAGGAGGUAGAUGAACAGAUGUUGAAUGUUCAGAAUAAGAACAGCAGCUACUUUGUUGAGUGGAUUCCCAACAAUGUUAAAACUGCUGUUUGUGACAUUCCACCAAGAGGUCUGAAGAUGUCUGGAACAUUUAUUGGUAAUACGACAGCCAUCCAGGAACUGUUUAAGAGAAUCUCUGAACAGUUUACAGCUAUGUUCAGAAGAAAGGCUUUCCUCCAUUGGUAUACUGGUGAAGGUAUGGAUGAGAUGGAAUUUACUGAAGCUGAAUCCAACAUGAAUGAUCUGGUAUCUGAAUAUCAACAGUACCAGGAUGCUACAGCUGAAGAGGAGGGAGAAUUUGAUGAAGAAGAAGGUGAACAAGAUGAAGCUUAA